GCAAUCUUGCUCUGCAGGUCGGCCCCGCGCCUGAGGCUGCAGCCGCCAUAGCUAAACAUACAGCUAAGGCAGCCGACCACAAUGUGGGCACGUUUGAGCAGCGCUCUUGACGAGAAGCUCAAGCGCAAGAGCAAGAGCAAGACCCGCGCGGCGAGCAGCAACAACUCGAGGAGCGGCAGCAGCUCUUGCUCUUUCGAGGCGCCCAGUGACGGCUCCACACACAAGCAGCAACAUCAGCAACCUCAGCAGCAGCAACAGCAGCAGCAGCAGCAGCAACCUCAGCAGCCGCAAGUUUUGCAGCAACGGAUCCGGCAGCAGCUGGCACGAGCCGAUGGGCCGGCUCUGGCGACGCAGCAGCAGCAGCAGCAACCGCAGGCGUUUGCAAUCGCGUCUCCGGGACCGGAAUCCGGGCGCGUGCUAGCACUCCGAGACGCCUGCCUCGGCAACAGCAGCACCCGUGGAAAUAGCAGCAGUAACAGCAGCCCGUGCCAUCAUGGAAGCAGCAGUGCCCGCAAUAUGCUCGGCGCUGCGCCGGUGGCGCCCUCCGAUGCCCUGCUAGUAACAAUGCCGUGCGGCGCUUCACCGCACGGCAAGGCCGCGCCGCCGCUCUGUACCACCGGCGGCGCGGGCAGCAGCAUCAGCACAUUUUUGGAUGGUGUGGACGACCCACACGAUAAGAACGACUGUGUUGGCGCCGCCGGCGCCGUCGACCCUGCCGACGACCGCCCGCCCAGCCCGUCCUCGACCCUGGCAGCCUUCCGCACCGGCCGGCUGCGCCGCCGCGGCCGCGCCGUGACCGCCGCCGCAGACGUGGCUGCCGCCGCCGCCGGCGCCACUGGGCUCCUUAGUGAGGAGCACGGCCCGCCGCCGCCACCUGCCCUUGGGGCUGUAGCGGCUGUAGCGGCGGCAGCGGGCCGCACCUCAACUGAGAAGCAGCAGCGGCAGGAGCAGGAGCAGGAGCAGCGGUCGGUGGCAACAGCAGCAGCACUGGGAUCGGCUGCUGCCGACGCGCAGGGCCGCUGCCGUCACGGCGGCAGUGCCAACGGCACCUCGUCUGGCAGUAGCAGCGGCUGCUGCGGCCCCGCCGGCAGUAGCAGCUGCAGCACCACAGCCGGCAUGCUCUGCUCUUCUUCCGCCAUCGGCAGUGCCGGCGGCUUGGAGGGGUUCAGCAGCGGUGGCAGCGCCGCCGCCGCCGCGGCGGCCGCCUUCGGCCUCAUUGGCGGCGCCGCCGCCGCUAGCCGUGACUUCCGCCGCGCCGCCAUGAGCUUAGUCAGCGAUACGGCGUACGACACAUCCGUGGACUCCAGUACGGCAAGUAUGGGGCUGCUGAUGGGGAACCACCGCUGCUACCCCGAGGCGGCGGGACUGCUGGGUACGGUCGGCAGCGCCGGCGCCGCCGCGGCGGCGGCUGCUGCGGCGGCGGCCGCGACUGCCACGGCAGCUGCUGCAGCUGCAGCACCGGCGGCCACUGCGGCUGUCGCGGCGGCUACGGGCUCCCCUGCCGGCGGGAGAGGACUCGUGCUCGGUUCUGCUGCUGGCGCCGCCGCCGCUGGCAGCCCAACGGGCCGCAGCAAGCCAACUGUCAUUCCAGCGGCAUUCGCAGGUCUCGCCGCCUCCUCUCCUCCUCCCACGACUACGAUUGUCGCGGCGCUGCCGUCCACGGGUACCACCAAGGUAGCAGUUGAUAAUGCUGCCGGCGGCGCCAGCGCAGCGGCCACGGACCCGCCACUGAUACUGCAGCCGCGUGUGCCGUACGUCCCGUCGCCGCCCUCAGAGCCGCAGGCAGUGGCGUCUCCGCCGCUCACGCCCGCAGCGACGCAUCCAGCCGCGGUGGCAGUAGUACCAGUGGCAGUAGCACCAGUGGCAGUAGCACCAGUGGCAGUAGCGCCAAUGCCAGUGGCACCAGUAGCAGGUCCUGCGCCGCAGGUUGUUGUUAGCGGCGGCGUGGGCCGCGGCGGUGGUAGCGCUCCUGGCGGCGGCGGCGGCGGCGCAGACGGCGGCGGCGCAGGCGGCGGCGGCGGCGGGCUGCAGGUCCUGGCGGCGCAACAGGUCCUGUACGCCCGCCCCGUGCCGCCGCCGGUGCGGCCGCCGCCAGCAAGCACGCAGCAGCCUGGACGGGUGCUGCUACAGCCACAGCAGCAGCAGCAGCAGCAGCAGCUGCUGCAGCCGCAGCCGCUACAGUCACAGCAGCAGCUGCUGCAGCUGCAGCCGCAGCCGCCGCAGCCACACCGCCGGACUCCGUCCCUGCUGCGCUACCGCGGCCUGACGUCCGUGCAGGCCGUCAGCGUCAAGGUGCACGCCCCCACCGGCGCGCCCGACCAGUUCGCGCUGCGCCUCUCCGCAGCCGCCGCGCCGCUCCUGUUUCCUGAGGCGGCUGCCACUGCUGCAGCCGCUACGCCUGCAGGGCUGCCGGCGGUGCUGUCGCCCGCUGUCGCUGUUGGCGACGCCGCCACUACCGUCCGCGCCACCAGCGAUGGCUCAGACACCGCCGUCGUCGCGGCUCCUCCGCUGGGACGUCACUCCCCAGCCGCCCUGGCGCCAGGCGGCCCCGUCGCCGCCGUGGGCUCCUCCGACGACCCCUCUUCCGCCUGCUGCACCUCACGCUCCUCCUCCGCCUCGCUCUCCACGUCCUCCACCUUCCCAAAGUCAGGAGCCUCAGAAGACAGAGCCGCGCCGUCGCCGCCGGCUGUAGCCGCUGCAGCGGCUCCGCCGCUGCAGCCGCCGCUGCCGCUGCCACAGCCGGCGGCGGGAGCGGCGGCGGCGGCGGUGGUGGUGCCCCAAGACCUGCUACUGCCGCCGGCCGGGCGCUGGUCCACUGGCGGCAUCGUGGUCGUGGCGGGGUGCGUGCAACUGAUCGCGUGGCUGCGAGGGCUAUCGGAGGCGGCUGUAGCAGCCUCCCUGGCCGGCGGCGGCGCUGCCGCGGCGGGCGGUGGGCUUGUGGGUGGCGGCGGCGGCGCGGUGCUACUGCCGCUCUCUGAGGCCGAGCUGGCGGCUGUAGCGGCCGCCAUGGGCCUGGAGUCCACGUCAGUGGUGGAGAUGUUGCAGCUGCAGCUGCUACAGCCGCCCCGGCCGGGACACCACAUCCCGCUUCAGGAGCACCAGCACCAGCACCAGUUCCAAGGCAUUACCGGCGCGGCUACUAGUGCCGACGUGGUGCCAGCAGUUGCAGCACGACAGGCUGUAGCGGCAGCAUCGCUGCCACCCACCUUCCCGGCGGCGGCGCCGCUUGCCGAUGCGCUGGCGGCGGCGCUGCCGGACGCCGCUUUGACCGGACCCUGGCAGCUGCAGGGAGCUGGAGGCGAGCUCAUAGACCUCGGUGGCGGCGGCGGCAACGGCCGCCGCGGCGGCGGCGGCGACGACGACGCGGCCGCGGCGGCACUGGGGUCGGUGGCCGCGGUGGCACCACCAAAAGCAGCUGCCGAGCCCGCCGAUACCAUGUCUGCAGCUGCAGCCGGCUGUAGCAGGGCUGGCAGUAGCGCCCGCUGGUCCCUUGACCUGGAGUGGACGCCGUGUGUGGCUGUAGCUCCGGAUGCCGAUGCGCCGCCAGCGUACGUGGAACUCGACUUUGCAGUCCUGCCCGCCGGCGGCGAUGGUGGCGGCGGCAGCGGCGGUAGCGGCGGUGGCGGCCCGGAGCCGCUGGCGGCGGCGCCACCCGCCGAAAUGCGGCUGAUGCUUGUCCAGCACGGCCGGCUGCUCGCGGACUUCAAGUGUGUGCUGGCAGCGCCUGCUGGCGGCGGCGGCGGCGGCGGCGACGGCAGCGGCGUGCUGCAGCUGGUCAUCGCGCCUGUUGCGACAACCGGCACGGCGCAUGGCGGCGGCGGCGGGGGCGGACAAGGACGUGCGGCUGAGUCACGCGCUACAGCCGCCACAGCGGCAGUAGCAGCGGCGCCGCCGCCACUGGUGUACGACAUUGCCACGCUGCUGGCGUUACCCGCUGACGUGGCGGCGGAGCUGUCCCAGCUGUCCCAGGUCAUGCGGAUGGACUACUGCGGCAGUAGCAGCUGCAGUGGCGACACUGGCAGUAGCACUGGCGGCGCUGGCGGCGCUGCUGCUACAGCUGUUACUGCUAUUGCCGGCGGCGGCUGGCGGGACCACUACGCACCGCUGGUGUCAGACUUGGCUUUCCUGAUGGAGCGGGCGGAGCUGGCGGAGGCGGCGGCGGCGGCGGCGACACAGCAGGCGGCGGCGGGGGCGGCGGCAGGAGGCACUGCGGCGGCAGUAGCUGCGGCGCUGCCGCCCGACGGCGCGGCGGCGGUGCUGCAGGUGGCCUCUCAGCUGCUAGAGUACCUGAAAGGCCUGUCGCAGGAUCUGCAGGAGCAGUCAGCAGUAGCAGCAGGUGCUGCUGAGGCGGCGGCGGAGGCCGAGGACGCUUCUGACCGCAAUGCUACUGCCAUGGGCGCGGGAGGUGUUGCUGCUACAGCCGCGGCACCAGUCACCGGGGGCAUGCCCCAGACAGCGGCGUUUGUGGCGGCAGUAGCACGCACCGCGCUCCGACCCUACCUGGCAUCUGGGGCGCUUCAGGUCGUGGCGGCGGCGGCUGGUGCCGGUGGCGGGGGCACGGGCGCUGGUGCUGGUGCGGUCGUGGGUGCGGGCGGGGAGGCGGCGCCAGCGGCCGACGGCGGUCCAUCCUUACGUGCAGCUGGCGAGAAGGCGACUGGUGGCGGUGGCGGCAGGCCCGCGGCCGCCGGCGACAGUGGUGGCUGCAGUGGCGGCGGCGGCGGCGGCGGCGGCGGCGGCGGCGGCGGCGGCAGUGGUCGAAGCGGGGCGGCCCUGUGGAGCCCGUUCAUCAAGGACCAGCAUGAAGUCAACAACAAUGAGACGACGACGAUGGUCGGCUGCUCCGACCUGGCCCACAUGCCGCCUGCUGCUGCUUCUGUGCCUGCCUCAGCUUCUGGUUCUGCGUUCGGUGCUGCUGCCGGUACAGCUCCAGAUGAUGAUGCCGCUGGCAGUCUUCAGCCGAGCCAGGUUAGGAGCCCUCAGGCGCGGCCGAUGGGUGCCCUGAGUCGCAGCGACGUCGCCUCCAAGAGCGACGCGCUGCAUGCGCUGCAUCGGGAUCGACUAAUGGGCGCGGCCAUGGCCUGGAUGGGCACUGGCGCCGGCGGCAGUAGCGCCGGCGGCGCGGGCCGCGGCGGCGGCGCCGCCAGCCGCGGCGGCAGCGGCCCCAGCGGCAUUGGCAUGGCUGUAGCAGCGUCGGGCGCGGGCGAGAUGGUGGGCUGGGCGGGCGGCAGUAGCAGCAACCGGGCGCUGCGGCGGUCGCUGGACUGGGCGCUCGGCGGGCGAGGGGGUGGCGGCGCCGCGGCAGGCGCCUUGCUCCCGGACGGAGCAGCAGGCGGCGCCGGCGGCAACGGCGCCCAACAGGAUUUCCAUGCUGCUGCUACAGCCGGCAACUUUUUUCGCGCGUCAGCAGGAACUUCACCACGCGACGCGAGCGCAUUGUCCACCGCUACAGCCGCUACUGCCGUCUCGGCCUUCCUGGGCCUUGACCCGGGAGGCUUCGUGGACGACGGCGACGACGCGGGCGCGCCGCAUCAGCACCUGCCCGUGUUCCGCUCCCAGCCCCACGAGCACCUGCAAGACUUCAGCCCCCCGCCAUCCCCACACCACCUCCAGCACCACCACCACCACCACCAGCAGCAGCAGCCGUUCACGGCUACGGGUGCCACUGCUGCUACAGCCGCAGCUGCUGCGACAGCCGCUACAGCUGCCGGCGCCUGCUCCUCCUCUUCUCCGCUGCUGCCGGGAUGCUGGCCCGCCACGCCUUUGCCUAGUGGCGACCUGCACGCCACCCGUGCUGACAGCAGCGGUCUGCUACUGCCGCCCACGCUGCUCGCUGCGCUACUGCCUCCACUGCUGCCCUCGGCAGCGCCACCCGCGGGGCAGCCGCCAGCAGCUGUGUUGCUGGCAGCGGGCGCCGCAAUGCCUAAUGAGGCUGCAGCGGCAGCUGUAGCGGCAGUAGAAGAGGCAGCGGCAGUAGCAGCUUCCAAGGAGGCAGGUGAUGACAUCGCUGGAGAGGCCAUGGCUGCUUCUGCCGGGCGGCUGGGCGGCAGCAUCAGCAGCGCCAGCGCCGUAGGCGCUGGCAGUAGCACGAUGGCCGGCGGCAUUAGCAGCGGCAUUGGCCGCAUUAUCAACAGUCACCUGAUGGGCGCGCGGGCGCUGCUGGCGGCUUGCUUCCGGGGCUUCCCGGAUGCGCAGCUGGAGGCUGAGUACGGCAGGUACCAUGCCCGCGCCGCCGCCGCCAGUGAUGGCUGGACGCUGCUCAACCACACAGCCCUGGUGGUGCUGAUGGGCUGUAGGCUGCUGGCGGCGGCAGUAGCAGCCGCGGCCCGGGGCGGCGCAGCCACCACUGCUACAGCCGCCGCAGUAGCCGCUGCAGCCGCUGCAAGGGAAGGGGGCACGGGCGUGUCAGGGGACGCAGGAGGCGACGCCGCCGGCGCCAUGCUGCCUUCCGCCGCCGCCGCCGCCGCCACUGCGGUCGCCAGCCGUCCGCCGCCAUUCCUGCUGCCCAACCGAACGCUCUGGCUGGUGCAAGGCGUGGUGCGGCUGACCGGCGCGGCGGCGGCGCGGCUGGCGGGCCCGGUGCGGCGCGAGGCGGCGCUGCUGGCGGCGUGGGCGCUGGAGACGACGACGCUGGCUGUGGUGCUGCUGGGCGAGGGCUGCGUGAUGGAUGAAGGCGGCGGCGCCACCUCUGCCGGAGCCGCCGGCGUGCUGCUUCCGGCACUUGCGUCGGCAGAUGAGGCGGCCAGCGGCGGCAGCGGUGCCAGUUGUCUGGCCGGAAACGGCAUGGCUGCGGCUGCGGCGGCGGCGGAAGCGAGCUGUUGGUGGUGCUGUGAUGACACGCAGCUGUCUCCCAAUGUGUCCUGCAGCGGAUGGGCUGGUACUGCCGCUUCGACUGCUGCUGCUACUGCCGCACCUGUUGGCGCCUACGCCGCCGCUGCCGCCUGCUGGUUGCCCUCCGCGUGCUGCUUCUUGUACUGCUGCCUCCGCCGCGCACUGCUGCUGCUACUGCCUGGCACCCGCCCCGGCAAUAGCACCUGGCUAUCGUGGCUGUGGUGGUGGCCGUGGUUCCAAAACGGCAGUAGCAGCAGCAGCAGCCUGCGGAUGGCUGCAGUAGCGGCCUGCUGCUACUGCCGGCGACUGCUGAGCUGGGACGGCUCAAUCAACGGGGCACUGGGGGCGCUGCCGAUUGAGGUGCUGAUGCACGGCCUGGUGCGGCCGCUGUGUGACCAGAUACGGCUGCGGCGGCGCCUGCUGCUGGCGGCGGUCCACGCCGGACUGCUGCUGGUCUGUGAACUGCGUUUCGCACGUGCCGAGCUGGCGCCGGCGGCGGCGUGCCUGCGCGCCGCCGCGCUGCUGGUGCUGGCGUGCGGCGUGUGCCUGGCGCUGGAGCUGCCGCGCCGCCGGGCGUUCCUGCGCUCACGUGCGGCCCCACGGCCGCAGUAGCGGCUGCGGCAGUAGCUGUUGGGUGUGAGUGCGGGUGCGGGUGCGGGUGCGGGUGCUGCAGCUGCGGGUGCAAGGAAGCGUGCGUGCCGGCGGCGCGAUAGGGCAGGUGCUGCAGCGGAAGGCAGGACUAGCGGCGGCAGUCGCAAACGCGGGCAGAUUGAAUUCCAAUUACAAGCAAGAGCAGAUGGUGGUGAGAAGCAUAGUCCCGAGUGUGAUGGCUAGGAUCCCGGCCCAUAAAUCCCGCCGUCCGGGAGGAGGAGCGGUACACAGCCGCGGCGCGGGGCAAUAGGGUAGCGGCGGUGUUGCGGUGAGAGGCAAGCUGACAGAGGCACGAGCAUUAGCGGCACGUGGUACAGCACUUGCCGUUGGACAGAUUGGUCCGGAGAAUGUGUGAAAAUAAAAUGAAUCCCAUAUUCUGGAAGAGUGAGGGCCUAUUGUAUUGGCGCGACGAGGUAGAGGGGGCUGGUGGGCGCUGCAGGCGCGUCGGCAACGUUUACAGCGCUGUCCCUGAUAUCAUGUGCAUCCAAGGCCGCAAUGGCCGCGGCGCAGCGGUUUAAGCUAUGUAUGCAGUUGUGACGUGUGAGCUGGGUGCUUGUAUGGCUGGCGUCGCGGGGGAUCGGGGCGCAGUCGCAGCCCCUAGGGGAGGCCAGCCGCUGGUCGCAGCUGCACACGGUGGGCACGGCGCGUGCAGGCCUCCCCUGAAUCCGUGUGCUGAGAGCCAUGGCCAAACGCGAAAGAGUAUGUGCGGCCGGGCUGUUUAUUCAAGUUAUUAAUGGAGUUGUCAAAGUGGGUGCCAACAGCGCGUCGAAGCAGUAUUGGGUGCCCGGAGGUCCCUGGUUCGUUGACCAGUGCGAGUACGGAGAAAGGGUGAGACGCGCGCUGGUGGGGCGAGUCUGGCGCAUGGUCGUCGAGUCUGUACGGGAUUGUGCUGCUUCAUGCAUAGUGGAGCCACCGCUGUUGAGCUGUCAUCACAGGUUGCAACAUGGGGCAGUUGCGUCAAUAUGUCCGGUUGAAUGGAGAAACGUAAACGUGGGGGCUGUGCCGCCUGUGCGCGUUCGGACGUUCGGUGGUCUAUGGAGGGCAGGACGGACAGGACGGACACGGAUGGGUGGGACGUAGGGGACGUGGGGCUAGGCUUGUAUCGACGAUGCUUUUUACGAUGGACAACGCGAAGCCGAGAAAGCCAUCUAUGGGGAAGCCGGACAAGACAGAUGAGCCCGUGCGGACUGUUGCAGGGACAGAUUGGACUUGCUGUCCGGAGCAGAGAAGAGGAGCGAGGGGAGAAGCUUGCAUUACUGGAGUCGAAUCUUGGGUUGCACGGUCGGGCGGGGGAAAAGUGGCAGAAGUGCAUGUGGGCCGGUGAGGUGUCAAACGGAUGCGCCCGCGGGAACGGCGCAAGUCCAAAAGUACAGGUGGUCGUCCCACGGGGAUGCGUCGUGGAACAGGCGGCGGUAGCUUGAUGGCCAGCGUGCCCGACGUCGGGUUUAUUCUGUACGUACGCCGAAAGUGUGUGACAGGUCAAACGUGAGUUGCAAUGGUUGGGCCAAGACCGCGCUAG